CAGAUCAGCACCAGAGGUGAUUAGACAGUGCCCGAGCGCGCGACUCAGCUCUCCCGCGGCAGCAGUUUCACACACACACAGAAACACACACAUACAUACAUUCAGCGCAUCCUGGUCGCGCUCCGGACAGGACAGUUUGCUCCUCAUUAAACUACACGGGAGGCUGCGGAGAAAGCCGCACGAGCGCCGACAACUCCGCGGAAAAAGUAUCCGGAGGACAGCCAGCGGAAGAGGAGACAGAGCUCAGCCUCACCGGUUUAGCCAGACAGGAGGAGCAGCUGCCGAGGAGCCUGGAGGGUCUCCUUGUCCGGGACAGUGCUGCUGCAUUUUUCUUCCAGGAAGGGAGGGGGGUGAGGAGCUGUGGCUGAUCUGUAGCCAUGCAUCGCUUAAGGACUACAGUUGCAAGGCUUCGGCCUUUAACGGCUGCACAGACAGCCCAGAGCCUAUCACAGCCCAGGACGUUGGGGGUUGAAGGGGGCUUAAGGACGUUUCAGCCCGUGAGGCGCCAGAACACAUCUGUGGCUGCUGAGCCUUUUCUUAAUGGCACCAGCUCUAACUAUGUGGAGGAGAUGUACUAUGCAUGGCUGGAGAAUCCCAGGAAUGUGCACAAGUCCUGGGAUAUAUUUUUCCGUAACGCUAAUGCUGGGGCACCGCCUGGUGCGGCUUACCAGACCCCUCCACCUCUUAAUGGGACCACUCAGGGACUGACCAGUGUCCAGGCACUGGUGGGGGCUCAGCCCAAUGUGGAGAAGCUGGUGGAGGAUCAUCUUGCAGUCCAGUCACUGAUACGAGCAUACCAGGUACGAGGGCAUCACAUAGCGAAGUUGGACCCCCUGGACAUCAGCUGUGUAGACUUUGAUGAUGCCCCGUGUACCGUUGGUUUCCAGAAUGUUGGUUUGUACGGGUUGGCUGAAUCCGACUUAGACAAGGUGUUCCGGCUUCCCACCACCACCUUCAUCGGCGGCAACGAGAGCGCUUUGCCUCUCAGGGAGAUUAUACGCCGCCUCGAGUCGGCGUACUGUCAGCACAUCGGAGUGGAGUUUAUGUUCAUUAAUGACGUGGAGCAGUGCCAGUGGAUCAGACAGAAGUUUGAGACGCCAGGAGUCAUGCAGUUCAGUCUGGAGGAGAAGAGGACUCUGCUGGCCAGAAUGAUCCGAUCCACCAGGUUUGAAGAGUUUCUCCAGAGGAAGUGGUCUUCAGAGAAACGUUUCGGUCUGGAAGGUUGUGAAUCACUGAUCCCGGCGCUCAAAACCAUCAUCGACAAAUCCAGUCAGAGCGGAGUGGAGAGUGUGAUCAUGGGAAUGCCUCACAGAGGCAGGCUCAAUGUGCUGGCUAAUGUGAUCCGGAAGGAUCUGGACCAGAUCUUCUGCCAGUUCGACUCUAAACUAGAAGCUGCAGAUGAGGGUUCUGGUGAUGUGAAAUAUCAUUUGGGGAUGUAUCACAAGAGGAUGAACCGGGUCAGCAAAAGGGACAUCUCGAUGUCUCUCAUGGCGAACCCGUCCCACCUGGAAGCAGUGGACCCAGUGGUGCAGGGGAAGACCAAAGCCGAGCAGUUCUACUGCGGAGACACGGAGGGCAAGAGGGUGAUGUCUAUCCUGCUUCACGGCGAUGCUGCGUUUGCAGGCCAGGGUAUCGUGUACGAGACCUUCCACCUGUCUGACCUGCCGUCGUACACCACCCAUGGCACCAUACAUGUGGUGGUCAACAACCAGAUCGGCUUCACCACAGAUCCCAGGAUGGCGCGUUCAUCUCCGUAUCCUACAGACGUAGCUCGGGUGGUCAACGCUCCCAUCUUUCACGUCAACGCAGAUGACCCGGAGGCUGUGAUGUAUGUGUGCAACGUAGCAGCAGAAUGGAGGAACACCUUCCAUAAAGAUGUGGUCGUUGACCUGGUGUGUUACAGGCGAAACGGCCAUAAUGAGAUGGACGAGCCGAUGUUCACACAGCCGCUGAUGUACAAGCAGAUCAAGAAGCAGAAAGGAGUCCUGCAGAAGUUUGCAGAAAAAGUCAUCGCUGAGGGAGUCAUCACGAUGCAAGACUAUGAGGAGGAAGUUGCCAGGUACGACAGAAUCUGUGAGGAAGCUUACACUCGCUCUAAAGAUGAGAAGAUCCUUCACAUCAAACACUGGCUAGACUCACCCUGGCCUGAUUUUUUCACACUGGAGGGACAGCCCAAAAGUAUGAACUGCCCUUCCACUGGCAUCAGCGAAGAGGAGCUCAGCCAUAUUGGAAAAAUUGCUUCCUCAGUGCCGGUGGAAGACUUCACUAUACAUGGAGGUUUAAGUCGCAUCCUAAAGGGCCGUGCAAAUAUGGUGAGCCAACGAGUGUGUGACUGGGCUCUCGGGGAGUAUAUGGCCUUUGGCUCUCUGCUCAAAGAAGGGAUCCAUAUACGCCUCAGUGGACAGGAUGUGGAAAGGGGCACCUUCAGCCAUCGACAUCAUGUUCUUCACGACCAGAAUGUUGAUAAGAGGAUCUGCAUCCCAAUGAACCACAUCUCCCCCAAUCAGGCUCCUUACACCGUCUGCAACAGCUCUCUGUCUGAAUAUGGAGUAUUAGGUUUUGAGUUAGGCUUCGCCAUGGCCAGUCCCAACGCUCUGGUUGUUUGGGAAGCCCAGUUCGGAGACUUUCAUAACACAGCUCAGUGUAUCAUCGACCAGUUCAUCAGCUCAGGCCAGGCCAAGUGGGUCCGACAGAACGGGAUCGUGCUGCUGCUUCCUCACGGCAUGGAGGGAAUGGGUCCAGAGCACUCGUCUGCCCGCCCUGAAAGGUUCCUCCAGAUGUGCAACGACGACCCUGAUGUUUUCCCUAAACUGUCAGAGGACUUUGCAAUGCGUCAGCUGUACGACUGUAACUGGAUCGUUGUCAACUGCUCGACUCCUGCAAACUACUACCAUGUUCUCCGCAGACAGAUCCUGCAGCCCUUCAGGAAGCCUCUGAUAGUUUUUACUCCCAAGUCGCUGUUGCGCCACCCUGAAGCCAAGUCCAGCUUUGAUGACAUGCUGCCAGGAACCCACUUCAAGCGUAUAAUUCCAGAUGACGGUCCUGCAGCUGCAAACCCAGAGAAGGUUAAGAGAAUUCUUCUCUGCUCCGGCAAAAUCUACUAUGAGCUUACCCGCGAGCGCAACAACAGAGGCAUGGAUGAUACCGUAGCUGUUGUCCGCGUCGAACAGUUGUCACCGUUCCCCUUUGACCUGGUGAAAGCAGAGACAGAGCGUUAUCCAAAUGCUGAUCUGGUGUGGUGUCAGGAAGAGCACAAGAACCAGGGCUACUACGACUACGUCAAGCCUCGCAUCCGCACCACCAUCAACCACUCCCAGCCCGUUUGGUAUGCUGGCCGUGAGCCUGCAGCAGCUCCAGCCACUGGGAACAAACAAACUCACCUCACGGAGCUGCAGCGUCUACUGGACACUGCAUUCGAUCUGGAGGCAUUCUCAGGAAAAGCGUAACAAGUCUUCUACACCUCCAUCCACUCUCCCAACACAUGCAGCAAGACUUCGGUGCAGCAAACAGACUUCCCUCUUUGCCUACAACCUUUUGCAUUGAUGUGUUUUUCCACAGUAUUCACAUAUCAGGCCUGUUAACAGGUGAAAUCUUCGAACAAUACGCACAACGAUCGACUACUUCUAACACUGUUACCAUUAAGACCUCGUCUUCACAGUUAUGGGCACAGAUAGGAAGAAAUUAUGUAAGAAAACCUGCAUUGAAUGUAUGACUUUAUACAAAAUUUAUUUGUAAUACAAAGAGUUUUAGCUUUAGGUUUAAUUUGCUUUUAUUUUAAUAAUUACAAAAUAAUCAUACAGUAACUUGCUCUGCUCUGCACAUCCAGAUUACUAACCAAAUACUGUAUGCAAUCACUUUCUCUGACCAAAGGUAAUAAAAAACACCUACCAGCACCUCUAAAGUUCACUAAAUAACACGUUUGUUUAUGCUGCGUUCAUGUUUUGUCGGAUGGAAGGAAGAAUUGGAAAGAUUCCUGUUAAGGAUUCAUCUGACGGCUUAGGAAGGUUGUAUGAUAACUGAGUUGGUCGUAUGUGGGUUUAAAAUGCUGUGAAUUGACAAAAUUAUAUGCAUCAAAGCUGGAGUGCAGGACUUUUGUCUCCCCCUUCUGGCAGUGAGAGUAAUUACAAAAACACCAUUGAGACACUGACGUCACAGGCUGCGCUGUAGCCUACUCCAUCACUACUGUUGUGGCUGUAAAAGGAUGGAUUAAUUAUUUUUAGCAUCAUAAUCCCUGCAAAAUGACUCAUUUGACUCUCAGUUGAAAUACAGAGAUUUAUCUGGCGUUGA